AUCAGCAGGGAAAGAUGUGAAAAAUUUUCGAUCAAAGGAAAUGUGAGCAAUUGGAGAAAAAUAAAUUUGCCCAGAUUGGGAAAGUGUACGGGAUUUAAAGUGGUUACGGUCAGAAUUGAUUACCCGAGAUGUGUACAAAAAGUCUGUCAUGUCCACUCUGCUGUAAGACGAACUUUCCAAACAUCGACGCCUUACGUAUUAGUCUGCUGAAAGUUACGUCGCGGCCAUUAAAAUGUCCGAUAUGUACUGACGAACUACUCGGAUUGGAUAAGCUAACCAUUCAUCUGUUUGGUCAUUCGAUCUUUGGUCAGGAAAAGGAGAAGCCUGUCCCCGCGGAGAAAAAGAAAGUGUCAACAAACCAAUUGAAAAAUGUUCGGAAACCUAAAAAAGAAUCGCCUUCGGGGGAUGGUGCACUGACAGCUGCCCGAAAACAGCCAACACAGACAGUUCAGACAGUUCAAGUGAACAACAGCAACAAGUGCAACAUUUGUGGGGAUGAAUUUCGCGACCAAAGUCUACUGAGAAUGCAUACAACGGUAUUUCACGGAUUUCCCAGCACACCAAGCGGUAGUCCACAGAUCCCCACAGGAGAAGGAAUCAACGUAAACAAAGAAGAGAAUCGCUUCCAGUGCAACAUGUGCUCAAAAACAUUUAAAAUGAAAGGCUCGCUGAAAAUCCACAUUCGGGUCGUACAUUUAGGUUACUCAAAAAAGAAUUCAUCGAACUGCAGCGGCGAUAGUAGUGGUACAACCCCCACAGUCACGACCAUUACUGCGUCACCAAUUUACCAAAAUAAUGGCAUGAUGCAAAACAUCGUACCGAAUAACGUGCGUACGCCACCACCCCAACAACCUCAACCACAACAGCCGCAACCACAGCAGCCACAACCACUGACGAUCGCUGCUCCAAUCAAUCAUCCACAGAUAAUCGAAAUUAUCGAUCCAAGGCAACUUGCCGAAUUUAUCUACGUUACUAAUCAACACCAGCAAAUCGUUGAACGCACCAUGGUGAAUCCCAUGCAUCCUAAUAUUCCAUCCCCAAAGAGUGUAGGAUCCAUUCCUUCUCCAUCCCAACCGUCGCCACUGCCACAUCCCAAUUCCGUAGAAAGCAACAAGCAAUGGGAGUGCGACGUUUGUCUGAAGAGUUUUACAACAAAAUACUUUCUGAAGAAACACAAACGACUCCACACAGGUGAAAUGCCAUACUCUUGCCAAAUCUGUGGCAAAUCGUUCACUUUCCAACAAUCGUACCACAAACAUCUUCUCUAUCACAGCGACGAAAAGCCUCACAUAUGUUCGAUCUGUGGCCGAGCUUUCAAGGAACUGUCCACUCUCCACAAUCACGAGCGAAUUCACAGCGGCGAGAAGCCAUUCUCCUGCGAAACUUGUGGCAAAUGCUUUCGGCAGCGAGUUUCCUAUCUUGUUCACAGACGUAUCCACACAAACACGCAACCGUACAAGUGCACCGCCUGUGACAAAAGCUUCCGCUACAAAGUGUCCCAGAGAACGCACAAGUGUCUCGCACAACCACCGGGAACCGUCGUUCGUCAAACGGGCGAUCUUCUGCAGAAGUUACUCCAAUCGUCCGCCAUUCUGCCAACCCUCGGGGAGCCAUCGGGUCAGGAUCCGGAACGGCCUUCGUCUGCGAAGAACCUUGAACAGCAUCAGUCCGAGUUGAACGACUGCAUUAAAUCCGAGGAAUACAUCAACCGAGCCUUGGAUGAAAUACUCAACGAAUCCUACGACAAGAUGGGCAUAUGCGAAAAUACAAUCAGCUAUGAGGACAACACCGAUCAUCGUCAACAGAUGUCGCAAAACUUUUACGGAACCAUGUCUAACACGACGUCGCAACAUCACACCAAUCAGUUGCAAUCGGGGAGCAAUGGGGAGUCGGGGAUCGUCCCACGGAUCGAGAAUCUGUGUCUGAUGUCGCCUGGCCCUCGCGAUGUAAUAGCGUUCGACGGAGAAUCGAUGGAGGUGAUCGAUUCGAUCAAAUUAGAUUUGUUGGGAGAAUGAGAUGCAUGGGAUGUUUGGGAUGUUGUGGUAUCCAACGCAUCAAACUGAUUGGUGGUGUUAAUACUCGCGUUAAUGCUGGCCAUUAUAUCUGUUCGAGAUUAAUGGGUGUUCAACAUAAAAAGUAAGCUUUUUUUAUGUUCGUGUCGAUUUCAUUAUUAAUAUUGCAAUGUAAAUACAAAUAUAAAUUGAAUGACUUUGUCUUCUACCACCUACAAAGUAGAGUUCUUCGAAUGCGAACGGACUCGAGGAUAACUCGAAAUGUUUCGACUGAACAGUACUUUAUAUCAAAAAGAAACAAUCAAGUCCAUCAUUGCCGUAAUCCGUUCAGG